AUGACGGGAGUGCCUGGUCCAUGGAAUGUAGCGCGCGACGGGCGGGCCGCGCAAGAGACCACCAGCAUCCGGCAUCUGUGCCCGGAGCAAGAGACGCGAGCGAGCUCUCUGCCGCCCAGCACCAGCGAGCGGACCGCCAUGUCAAAGGGUGAGACAUUGUCGAUCCAGCCUGACGCCAUUCGUCGGGACGGCGCAUGUGACGCAGACCGGGGGGGUCGCCUCCAACAUCCACCGAGGGUCGUGGUGGUGGGCGAUGAUGAUGGUGGGCAGCUUGACAAAAAGCGAAGGGGAAACAGGCAGUCGGCGCGAUACUGUGCGUUGAGCCACGGACCGAUGUGA